GUGACAAUUUUUAAAAUGGAUAUAUCUAAUGUUUUAGGUCAUCAUCGAAUGAAAAUAGAGAGUUUGCAUUCUUUAGAGAUGGGCGUUGUGUGGCGUUUGGUGAUAGCAUUUGCUGUACUAAUCACGGAAAGUGAAGGUCAAACUGACCCCUGUUCUGCUACCGUAUACAGCGAUAUCUCGGAUUUGGCAAAACGAGAUCCGUCGUAUGCAGUGGAUUCUGUUCCUCUGUGUGACCGUUACAUAUCUCCUGGCUGGUACAGAGGAGGGUUCCAUAAAAUGGCCACUUCAGCGCCUAGCCUGGCCUUCUGUGGGACUGUGUAUCCGUUCUGGCUAAAUGGUGCACAUCCACCAGUGAAUACAAUCAGUAGUGUUGAAGUUUGCAAAGUUGGGUUUUCGGACACAUGUUCACAGAAAUUUAACAUCAAUGUAAAAAACUGCAGUACAUACAUUGUCUAUGAACUCCAACCGCUAGAUUCAUGUAAUUCGGCUUACUGUUUCGAGCCCGGUACAGACUGUGUAUCUGGGGUCCCAACGAACCUCGUUGUUUCCUAUCACAGUGUAUCAUGGAAAAUAGAUGUUCAGGGGGUCAUAACACGUCAUGACCCCAGUGUAAAUCUAAAGUGUAGCUUUACACCCCUCACUGACAAUUCCCUGUUUUACGAUAUCUCCUGGUAUGUGGACGAUGUUGAAGUUGUGAGUGGUCAAACAGUCGACUCUGCUUCAUUGGACAAUGCACUAUUGUCAGCCAGAGAUAUGAUCAAGAAAAACAAAAAGGCUGGAUCUAUGAUCCAUUGUGUCGUCGGAGCGAAAAACACAGCAGACGGCAUUGUUUGUGACAAGACACCCAGUCAGUUAUUUUUUGCCGGCAUAAAGGUUUUGACACCACAACUUACCAUAGAUAGGGGUGGUUCGGGAAAUGUUCAGUUGCAAUUCACCAUACCCUACACGACCGAGGAUCUACUUAUUCCCAACUUUGAUACAACUGUGUCUGAUCUGAACGUGAAUCUCGCAGUGCUCAACGAUAGUUCUGUUUCUUGCAAAGAUGGAAAUAGCAAGUUAUGCGGCAUAAAGGUGAAAGGGUACUCCUAUAACGAUCGCAGCAAAUAUUCCACUGACGAUUGGAAACAGAUCCAUACUAUCAAAAUAUUUAACCGCGACAACGGGGAUUACACAGACUUUGACAGGCACAUUACAUUGCGACUGGAAACUGGAGGAACCAACGGAGAAGGAAGUCAAAUAUUCAGCAACAUUUUACUACCAGAUAUUCAGGUGUACAUAAAUGAACCUACAUCUGUGUGGAAGGGCAGCUCCUGUGGAUCUAAAACUGAUCCACACAUGUAUUCAUUUGAUGGAUAUGCAUACGAGUGUCAACUAGAUGGAAAUUUUAUUUUGUACAGAAAUACACCGUUUAAUCAAGAGGUACAAGUGAAACACCACCUGUGUCACCCAUCACACACAUAUCCCAGAUGUACAUGCGCCGUAGCAGUAAGGUCUGGGCGUGAUAUAUUUACAGUGGACAUUUGUAGUGGUAACAAACUUAUCAACUUUCCUUUGUGUGAAGACAAAGUUUUGAAAGUAAUAAGGAAAAAUGACAAACGUUAUCAGGUGUUAUUGCCAACGGGAACAAUGGUUGAUAUUUCACUUGUAACCUGGCCGACAAGCACUACUUGGCAGAUAGAUAUCUCAAUUUACCCUUCACCUUCAGAUGUUGGAAAUACUACUGGUUUAUGUGGUGUACUGGGUGACGGUAUAAACAAUGAUUUAACCAGGAGAGACAACUCGAUUGACGACCCACACAACUUUAAUUAUUGGACGCCUCCAAAUGAUUUCUCAAACUCGUGGCAGACACCUGACAAUGAGGACUUGUUCAAGGAUAGCCAGACGGUGUACGCCACUCUAAAGUCAAUAUCUACUACGUUAGCUCGGGUUUGUACCUGUAAGGAAACAAGUGACAGGACAGGAGAAAUUGAAUGUAAUUACGGUACUUUUAAAGACUGUAAAUUUAAGGUUGGAAAACAGUUUCACUGCAUUAUAAACCCUUCUGGAUCAAGAAGAAGAAAGAGGGAUUUGACGCAUUUCAAAUAUAUAACUGACUAUGUCUCAGAGGUGGAACCCAAGAAAGAACUCCAUUUGGCGAGGUACAAAAGACAAGCCAUCGAUGUGACAACACGUGAGGUAGCUCACAAUGUGUGUAUGCAGGCGUUUGAACAAUCUGAAGCCUUUACCACAUGUCAACAAUAUGUUAGCGACCUAUCUAACACAACUAUAGAAAACUGUAUUUUGGACGUUAUGAUGACCGGGGACAAUAACAUAACUAAGGUCCACAUUGAAGCUGCUUUAGAGCAAUGUUCAACACUUGUUCUGUUUAAUACGAGCUUUCAGACUGAACAACCAGAAAUUGCCUACCAAGUAGAGUCCCUUUGUCCCAACAACUGUAGUGAAAACGGUAUCUGUAGCCAAGGAAAUUGUACCUGCAACCCUAACUUUGCCGGAAGUGAUUGCUCAUUUGAUCUGCUCGGUCCUCCUACGAUCAGCCAUAUUUCUGACUUUGGGCUCUGUGAUAAAUCGAGUGAGGACUGUGAUGAAAUAACACUGUAUGGAGAACUGUUUUUAGAUAACAUGAACACGGAGUGUUACUUUAUGAGGCGAACGCUUCAAGAAGAUGGGACACUAGUCUCCCAAGCUUACCUUCAAAAAAGUCUGCAGCCGAGAACGCUAUUUGAAGGAUAUUGCUCGUUGUCGUACACCGCCGAACCUUCAUGGGUGACAGAAUUUACAUUUAAUGUGACGAAUGAUGGAUCCAGAUUCACAGAUUCCUAUAACGUGUAUACUUACCAGUCCCUUUGUCAGGAAUAUCAAAAUACCAGCGGAAACGUCAGCUUUGCUAUGAAGGAUGGCUACUGUUUCAUUGAUGGAAAAUGUUAUGCCAGCGGAAACACAAAUCCCGGAAAUCUCUGUGAUCUAUGCAAUGCAACUUAUGACAAGUAUAACUGGACAUUUAAUGCAGGACACUGUUUCAUAAACAACACAUGUUAUGUUAGUGGAGCUAUAAACGGAACCAAUACCUGCAGUGCUUGUAUUCCGUCCGUUGAUGCUACGGAUUGGUCAGAUAACCCGGGGUACUGUUACAUAGAUAAUGUUUGUUACUUCAAUGGUCAAACCAAAGCCAAUAACGACUGUUUUGUUUGUAAGGAAACACAGGACAGAAAUGGGUGGACGUUCAAUGACGGUCACUGUUUGAUUGAUGGUGAAUGUUUUAAAGAGGGAGAAAACAAAACAUCGGAGAGCUGUAAAAUCUGUAAUCCACUACAAGACAAAAAUAACUGGACUCUCUCAUCCGGUUAUUGCUCCAUCAGUAAUUCUUGUAUCACUGACGGAGAGUCAGACAUCUCUAAUCCGUGUCUGAUGUGUAACGCUUCAAGAAGCCAGUACUCGCUGUUUCCACAUUCCGGCUACUGCAACAUUGGCGACCUCUGUAUUGCGGAUGGCCAGUCUAAUGGUUCCAAACCCUGUUUAUAUUGCAACGCAUCAGUCACGAGGGACAGCUGGUCCUUCAAUCGAGGGUACUGCUACAUCGACGGAAUUUGUGUUGAGCACGGAAAGAAUGAUACAACUAAAGAAUGUAAAAUUUGCAAUACAACUGUCAACAGCAGCAGCUGGCAAAUAAAAGAAGGAUACUGCUAUGUUCAGGACAACUGCUACAGGGAUUCUGAUAUGAAUUCGACAUACCCCUGUCAGAUUUGCAAUUCAUCGAAGUCUGUCUUUGGCUGGUCAUCAAAUUCAGGCUACUGCAACAUUGUCGACCUCUGUAUUACGGAUGGCCAGUCUAAUGGUUCCAAACCCUGUUUAUAUUGCAACGCAUCAGUCACGAGGGACAGCUGGUCCUUCAAUCGAGGGUACUGCUACAUCGACGGAAUUUGUGUUGAGCACGGAAAGAAUGAUACAACUAAAGAAUGUAAAGUUUGCGAUACAGCUGUCAACAGUAGCAGCUGGCAAAUAAAAGAAGGAUAUUGUUAUGUUCAGGACAACUGCUACAAGGAUUCGGAUAUGAAUUCGUCAUACCCCUGUCAGAUUUGCAACUCAUCAAAGUCUGUUUUUGGCUGGUCGUCUAAUUCAGAAUACUGCAACAUUAAUGGGCUUUGUGUACCUGAUGGUCAGAGGAAUGGUACAUGUUUCCAUUGUAACACCUCACUAAAUGCGAUGGUGUGGUCAUUGAUUCCAGGUUAUUGUCUUAUCGAUGGAUUUUGUGUGGAGCACGGCAGCAAUGAAACAAACAAGGAUUGCCAAAUUUGCGAUGCUUACACGAACACCAGCAGCUGGCAACUGAAAAAUGGUUACUGCUUAAUAGAAGAUCAAUGUUUUAAAGACAAUGAACUGAACGCAACGUUUCCCUGUCUGGUGUGCAAUGCCACGGACACGCAGAAGGCGUGGUCUGACAAUCUAGAAUAUUGCAACAUAGGUGGACUUUGUGUUUCGGAUGGUCAAGAGAAUGGCACCAGCGUCUGUCAUUAUUGUAAUACGUCAAUCAGCAAAGAGUCGUGGUCGUUCAACCCAGGGUACUGUUUAAUCGACGGUGUUUGUGUGGGGCACGGAGAAAAUAAAACAAAUAUGGAGUGUCAUAUUUGCGAUGUCCAUUUCAAUACCAGCAGCUGGAAAUUGAAAGAAGAAUAUUGCAACAUUGAUGGGCUCUGUGUUUCUAAUGGCCAGACAAACGGAACACAUCCCUGUUUCCACUGUAAUACGGCAGUCAGUAAAGAGUCGUGGUCUUUCAAUGCAGAUUAUUGCCUGAUCGAAGGAGUUUGUGUGGAGCACGGAGAAAAUAAAACAAAUAUGGAGUGUCAUAUUUGUGAUGUUCACUUCAGCACCAGCAGCUGGAAAUUGAAAGAAGAAUAUUGCAACAUUGAUGGACUCUGUGUUUCUAAUGGCCAGACAAACGGAACUCAUCCCUGUUUCCACUGUAAUACUUCAGUCAGUAAAGAGGCGUGGUCGUUCAGCCCAGGGUACUGUCUAAUCGACGGCGUGUGUGUGGGGCACGGAGAAAAUAAAACAAAUAUGGAGUGUCAUAUUUGCGAUGUCCAUUUCAACAACAGCAGCUGGAAAUUGAAAGAUGAAUAUUGCAACAUUGAUGGACUCUGUGUUUCUAAUGACCAGACAAAUGGAACACAUCCCUGUUUCCACUGUAAUACGUCAGUCAGUAAAGAGGCGUGGUCUUUCCAUCCAGAUUAUUGCCUGAUCGAAGGAGUUUGUGUGGAGCACGGAGAAAAUAAAACAAAUAUGGAGUGUCAUAUUUGUGAUGUUCACUUCAGCACCAGCAGCUGGAAAUUGAAAGAAGAAUAUUGCAACAUUGAUGGACUCUGUGUUUCUAAUGGCCAGACAAACGGAACUCAUCCCUGUUUCCACUGUAAUACUUCAGUCAGUAAAGAGGCGUGGUCGUUCAGCCCAGGGUACUGUCUAAUCGACGGCGUGUGUGUGGGGCACGGAGAAAAUAAAACAAAUAUGGAGUGUCAUAUUUGCGAUGUCCAUUUCAACAACAGCAGCUGGAAAUUGAAAGAUGAAUAUUGCAACAUUGAUGGACUCUGUGUUUCUAAUGACCAGACAAAUGGAACACAUCCCUGUUUCCACUGUAAUACGUCAGUCAGUAAAGAGGCGUGGUCUUUCCAUCCAGAUUAUUGCCUGAUCGAAGGAGUUUGUGUGGAGCACGGAGAAAAUAAAACAAAUAUGGAGUGUCAUAUUUGUGAUGUUCACUUCAGCACCAGCAGCUGGAAAUUGAAAGAAGAAUAUUGCAACAUUGAUGGACUCUGUGUUUCGAAUGGGCAGACAAAUGGAACACAUCCCUGUUUCCACUGUAAUACGUCAGUUAGUAAAGAGGCGUGGUCUUUCAAAGCAGGACAUUGCCUGAUACAGGACCAGUGUUUCAAAGAUACUGAGAAAAAUGUGACAAAUCCGUGUGAGAUUUGUAAUGCAACGAACCGAAAAUACGACUGGACUUCAAAUAUAGAUUGCCUUGACAGUACUACAGAGCCAAGCACUACUAAUAAAAUGGAACCAAGCACAAGUACAAAGACAUCCACAACAACCACUGAAAUCGAUACAAGCACCACAUCCACCACAAUGGAGCCAAGCACCACAUCCACCACAAUGGAGGCAAGCACCACAUCCACCACAAUGGAGCCAAGCACCACAUCCACCACAAUGGAGGCAAGCACCACAUCCACCACAAUGGAGCCAAGCACAACAUCCUUUAUAACGGAACCAAGCACAAUAUAUCCUAAAUUGGAGGACAGCACCACAUCCACCACAUGGGCACCAAGCACCACAUCCACUACAAUGGAGGCAAGUACAACAUCCACCACAAUGGAGCCAAGCACCACAUCCGCUACAAUGGAGCCAAGCACCACAUCCACCACAAUGGAGGCAAGUACAACAUCCACCACAAUGGAGCCAAGCACCACACCCACUACAAUGGAGCCAAUCACAACAUCCACCACAAUGGAGCCAAGCACCACAUCCACCACAAUGGAACAAAGCACCACAUCCACCACAAUGGAGCCAAGCACAACAUCCACCACAAUGGAGCCAAGCACAAGUUCAAAGGAACCAAGCAGCACAACCACAAUGGGUACUUCUACCACCAGUACUACACCAGAACCAAGCACCACCACAACAGACACCACUACAACAAGUAUAACAGAUUCCACCACUACCCCAACGGAAACAACUACCCUAUCAACAUGUAUUGGAAGUGUUAACAUCACCAAUGUUUCUGUAUCGUAUCACAACAUAACAUGGGCAACUAGCACGCGUAUUGAUGGGGUGGUAAAUAGCACAACGCACGAACCAUUUAUCAAUAUGAAAUGUAGUUUUGCCUCAAUGUCUGAAGCUGGGCUUAACUAUCAAAUUAUGUGGUACAUUUACGCUGACAACAGAACACACGUAUAUAACGAAACAGUGAUGAGUUCAUCCGGUGAUUCCUCGGUUGUUUCCCUUAUGUCCGUCAACAGGACACUUGGAUUUGAGAUGCAAUGCACCGUCGGUUUGACUCGAAACCCAGUUGACGAGCCUUGUUCCAUAGUUGAAAGCGAAAGAUUUUUUGUCGGUUUAAAGGUACUGGAUAACCACCUACCGCUCUCAAGAAAAGGAAAGACAACUGUGCGAUUUCAUUUAACUGUUCCCUACGUCACGCCAACGGAGAUAGUAAAUGGAAGGGAACAGCCUUUGUCCUCCUUAAAAGUUCAUGCAACCGCUUUAUCGCCAUCCAUGGACAGUUGUGCCGGACAAAUAGAAGUUAAAGAAUGUUCCGUGAAUAUCAAUGCCCACUCCUACGAAAACCGAAGCAAGUAUGCCAAUGAGAACUGGGGCGAGGUCUAUAACGUUACACUCUCUCAUAUCGACACGGAUGAGUAUGCCGUAGAAACAUCGUCAUUGAUCAGUUUAACAACCAUGGAAAACCGGAAUGGAAUUUUCAACGCACUCUCGGAAAAUAUUACAGUACUUAUUGAAGACAGGCAAGAUACUUGGAAGGGAAAAUCGUGCGGAUCCAAGACGGACCCUCACUUAUAUACAUUCGAUGGAAGAUCGUACGAAAAUCAUAUCAUUGGGACAUUUGUGUUGUACCAAAAUACCUUAUAUAAUCAAGAGAUUCAAACAAAACAUCACCAAUGCCACCCUGACUACAAUUUUCCUAAGUGUAUCUGCGCGGUGAGCGUACAGUCUGGUAUGGACGUAUUUGUAAUUGAUAUCUGUGAUAAUAACCAACUUAUCGACUUCGUGGCGUGUGCUGAUGGAACCCUGUCCUUUUAUAGAGAAUCUGACAAAGUGUACAAGAUCGUUUUUCCAACUGGUACUUUCGCAAUUAUUUCACUGGUGGAGUGGCCUAUGGGAAGGAAUUCCUGGCAGAUUGAUGUCGACGUGUAUCCCUCUCUCCUUGACGUUAAUAACACUGCGGGACUGUGUGGGACGCUGGAUGGUAACCAAGACAACGAUUUCACACACCGCAACGGAUCACUAGAAAAUUAUACGGAAUAUCCCGACACUUUUUCAACAUCUUGGAUUGUUCCCGAUGACGAAAAUCUUCUGAACACAGCGGCUCGUCAGUCUUUGACAUCUAUAUCCGGCGUCCUGGACCAGAUUUGUACCUGUAGUAAUGGUGAAUCCUUCUGUGUUUACGACACAUACAGACAGUGUACACAGACAAAACGAAGACGGUGCACAGAAACAGCAAAUGCGUUGUCACGCAAAAAACGCAGCUCAGAUAGAAACAAAUAUGUUUUUACCUCAAAUAAACGAGUUAAAAGACAAGCUCCCACCGAAGUAAAAACGGCCUCAGAAGCAGAAGAGAUUUGUACAGCUCAGUUUGAACAAUCCGAGCCCUACAAGACUUGCAGACAACACGUUGGCGAUUUAAGCAAUUCCUCCCUCAACAAUUGUAUCAAAGACAUUGUUAUGACAGGGGACGAUAAUAUAACAUCCAUCCACGUGGAAGCAGCGCUUCAGCAGUGUGUCAAGUUUGUCCAAUUUAACACUACUCUUCAAAACGCAGAGCCAAGCGUGACAUAUGAGCUGACGACUCUUUGUCCAAACAACUGUAGCAACAAGGGGAUAUGCGAUAAAGGAAACUGUACGUGUUUGAAUGGCUAUGGUGGCAGUGAUUGCUCGUUUGAUAUUCUCAAACCACCAACAAUAACGAGGCUAUCAGUGAACGAAACCUGCGAUAAAACUACACAGAACUGUUCCCAAGUAAUAAUUGAUGGCACGUACUUUCUGGAGAAUGUGAACAACAUUUGCUUCUACACAAGACAAUCGAUUCUUCACGAUAGAACAGAAGGUGCUUCGUACACAUCCGAAUAUCCCCUGGAGGCGUACUCGCUGUUUCAAGGGGCGUGUCCUUUGGUAUAUGACGUGGAAGAAACAUGGGUGACAAAGUUUUCAAUGAAUAUUUCCAAUGACAGGACUCGUUUUACUGAGAGUUUUUACAUUUAUGCCUACCAAUCCACUUGUCAGCAAAUCAAUCAAGGACCUAACGAUGUAUAUUUCACUCUUAAGGACAAUUUCUGCUUUAUGAAUAUGACCUGCGUACCCCAACAUACCAGGGAUUCCUACAACAAUUGCGCAAUCUGUGAUCCACAACGAGCUAAAUAUAACUGGUCAUUGCAUGAAGACUGUGUUUCUGCUACAACCCCGGUAACCAUAACUACAACGGAAUCGUUUACGUCACAUCCGAUUUUCUUGGCCACCAUUUCCAUAGCUGCUGCAGUAUGUUUCCUCACUGUCAUCAUCGUUGGAAUUUGUUGCUAUAGAAUGAAGUCGGGAAACGACGACGAGUCUGAUUCCGGGUCAUCGUAUUCAUUUAACGGUGGUUAUAAAUCCUCGUGGAUGGAUAACUACGGAAAACCCAUCCCUAAAGUGUAUAUACCCAGGGCGCGUUUUUUCCCCAGUAGUAGCAGAUCAGCGUACUCUUCUAACUGGAAAUAAACUUACGUAGAUCCCUGUGAAAUCAUAUCACUUGAUGGAGUGAAAUUCUCACUGACGAUCAAGGUUUCUGUGUCGUUGAGAUGUACGUAAUUUCGUGAAUAUUAUUUUCGUAUAUUGAAACACCAUAUAAAAUGUGUAUUUCGUUGUGGUUUGAAAUUCGGGGAAUACGGGAACUUCCAAUAUCCACGAAAAUUGAACUCCGCGAAAUCUAAUGAUUCCACAGUAACUCUAGAUAUCAUUUGAAUGUUACAUAUUUCACAAUUAUGGUCACAUAGAUAUUCUAUACAAUAUCAGUUGCAUAUAUGUAUACAUUUAUACACUGUAUAUACUAAAAUGUUUGUAAAGCAUUUCACGCUGUGUGUAUAUCGCUCUUACAUAACGUGUAAUAUUUCACCAAAAUAGUAUUGACAUUAUAAAAACAUAUUGUUUGAGAUUGUGAAUAUAUAUAUCUUAUACAACGUAUGGCAAAACUGAGGAAGAUAUUCUGUUGAAUUGUAUUACAAUCUACAAAAGAAAGUUUAACUAUAGGAAAAAGAAAAACGCCAGUUGGCGGCUUGAUUUCGUUGUUUGAUUACUGAUCGACUGUAAUUCAUAUUAUUUUCGCUCGUUCAGCAUUUAUAUUCGUGUGUAUUUCUAUCUGAUGAAAAUAACAAAAAUCAUUGUAGAACGAAACUGAUGCCUUCACAGUAGUUAGAAAUACGACGCGUUAUUGAGAAGAGUUGAGUGAUAACAUUAAUCAAUGUCUGAAAACAGGAUUUGACUUGUCCCUGAUACGUCCGAUCUGAUAUGUGAUGAUACACGUAUCAUUGGUUAUUAGUCAGAAAGGAUGAUGUGUAUUGCAUUUAUAUUUUCUGUCUUAAGUUGAUUUAUAUUUAUUUUAGUUCUGGCAUAAUUCUAGAUAUUUUGAAUUCAGGGAACUAAUUCUUCAGAUCUUAUUUGCCUGUGAUAUUAGUUUUUUUAACCUGGAUUAGGUGCUCAUAAUUGCGAACUGUUAGUAUUUCGUCCGGCUUUGUGUUUUUAUUGAGUAUACAUUUAUAUUUCCAAAUGUGUGUCAUCUAGGUAUAUUUACAAAUUGUAACUGGUAGCGAUUUACUCAUGUUUGCAUUGCAGUUGUGAACAUUGCACGGAUAAAUCAUGAAAUAGUAUAGUAAAUAUAAAAUAUCAGAUGACCUCACACCGGUAUACAUUUCACGAAUCGCACUUCAUGAAGUAUGGUGAUGUGAAGCGUAGCAGUUCAGACCCUCAUGUAAUUUAAAAAAUGAAAUUUAUUUGUUAAAAGAGAAAAAAAAACCACAAAUUUUAUUUCUUUCCUUAAAAUGACGGAAAACUGUAAAAUAGAAAGAUAUUCAGUAUCGGACUAAACGAUUGUCACAUGACACAGAGGCUGGGGCUGAUUGGAAAUUAAAGAUGUACAUGUAGACUGUAUAAAACAUAUCAUCUACAAAUAAUGUAUUUUGUUUAUUAUUUAUAAUAUAUUUUGUAUGUAUUGCAUUAUAUCUAUGUGCUCAAAUUUAUCUAUCAUCAAAUCAUAUACCACUUUCAUAUCCGAAUUUUAUAUGUAACGUGAUUUUUGUCAAACAUAUCUAAUAAAGUAUGUAUCUAAAAUGAU